AUGGUACUUAGAUUUGGAACGCUCAAUGUUGGAUCACUAACUGGCCACAGCAUGGAAAUCGCAGAAAUGCCCGAGCGUAAAAGGAUUGACAUCUGCUGUCUUCAGGAAACCCGAUGGUUAUCAAAUGGUGUCUGUCAUGUCAACUCAGACAAAGAAAAAUAUAAACUAUUAUGGAAUGGUCAAAAGACGGCCAAAAAUGGUGUUGGAAUUUUGUCAGAGAACCGCGAUCUCAAUGGUCACGUUGGAGAGAAAAUAGAUGGUUUUGACAACGUACAUGGCGGUUUUGGCUAUGGAGAACGGAAUGAAGAUGGCAACCGCAUCCUUGAAUUUGCUGAACGUCACGGGUUUUGUUUACUAAACACAUAUAGAAAGAGGAUGAAAUUGCAAAUUUUCGGUGUAAAAGUGUUAGUUUUUAAAUGA